UCAUACGGUUCAUACAAAUAAAUUUAAUCUUUCUUACAAAAUGUGUCCAAGGGAUAGGGGUGUUAAUUUUUUUCCCAAUUUUGCGUUACGUAAUUUGUGAACAGCUUCCAUUCUGUGAUUUUCUUUCUGUCACUUGCGAGACAGCAGUUUCUACGGCCGCAUGUUUGUUUGUUACAAAAUUUAGUUAGGAAGAUCAAGUAAAAAUGUUAAGCAGCAGUCUUUUAACUUCUCGCUUUUUGCGACAAACUCCCUUUCUGAGCAGUCUAAACCAAACGCGCAACAAAAACUAUCUCAAUCGACCCCGGUUACGAAACCCGAUUUGGUUUGUCAGGAAGGAAAGAACGGUUCACGAUGAAAUGAUAACUCCGGAAAAUACGGCCUUCGUGAAGGAGGUGCUCCAUCACAAAUAUGGCCCUCCUGCACUGAUAAAGGGUGUGCAAACGUUCGAUCAGUCCCAACAGUCGUUGAUCCGCACGGAGGAACUGCCCGCCGUACAGUGGCGACCGGGUUUGAAAAGGACCGGCUUGAUUGCCCGCAAAAUAGGACAAUAUCCGUUGUGGAAAAAAGAUGGCACGAAGAUCCGGACCACUUUGCUGCAGGUGAUCGACAACCACGUGGUGAAGUACAUUCCGCCGGAAGAGUUUAGUCCUCCCCAUGAGCCAAGGCAAAAGAAAAACUGGAAGAACCCUUACGGCUGCCUGCUUGUAGGCGCUCAUAGCAAAGAUCCCGCUACAUUUACCAAAGCCUACUGUGGCCUGUUCAAGGAUUCAGGAGUUUUACCAAAGCAGCAUCUUUGCCGAUUCAUCGUAUCGCCGGAAGCACAACUGUUGCCAGGAACACCGUUAAACGUUACUCAUUUCAAAGUCGGUGACAUUGUUGAUGUUCGUGGAAAAACUGUUGAUCAUGGUUUCCAAGGCGUCAUUAAACGGCACGGCUUCAAGGGUAUGCCUGCAUCGCAUGGUGUGACGAAAACCCAUCGCCGACCCGGUAACAUUGGUGGCGGUGGAGAGAAAGGCCGCGUUUGGCCAGGAACCAGACUGCCCGGUCACAUGGGCAACCGAUGGCGCAAUUUAAGGGGAUUGAAAAUUUGGCGGAUCAACACAAAGUACAACGUAAUGUGGGUGCAGAGUAGCAACAUUGCUGGUGAAACGAACGGAUUGGUCUAUAUUUAUGAUACGAUUCUGCCACUCCGAAAGUAUAAAGAGGCACCGGCCUUCCCAACGCAUUUCGGGUCCGAGAAUGAUCUGUAUGCGGAUGAAGAUAUUUGGCAUGAAGACAUUCAUAACUUCAAGGAUGGUUCUAUAACUUUUAAAGAGGAAUAGUUGAAAGAUAGUAAAAAGUAAGUAUUAGAA